CAUCGCUCCAAAUGUGCUUGUAUGGAUAUUUUGCCUAGUGUACACAGACAUGUGAACACUACAAUGUUAAUUAUGUUGAUGUGUGAGAAUUGGUUAUCAGUUUUAUUAUUCAUGUUACUAUGGUGAACACAUUGACGUCAAACAAGACAGUGAUGAAUAUAUUGAGAGCACCAUAUUAGUACAACAGAUGUUUGAAAAAGGUCAGUGUGGUAAAUUUAAUUUGACUAUCGAACAAGACAAACAAGUGCCAUCCCAAGCCAGUAAUGGCUGAGGGGAAACAGCUACUCCCAGUUAAAGAUGACAGGCAAAAAUUUGCCUUCUCAAGUGUGCAGCUACUUGAGAAAGAAAUUCUUGGUACUGGGUCAUAUGGAACAGUUUGUAAGGCCAAGUGUGAUGAAAUUAUGUGUGCAGCUAAAAUAAUUUUCCCAGUGCUGUUUCAGGUGGAACCCAUUGAGCCAGGCAGAGAACAUACACACCCACUACGACGAUUUGAAUCAGAGUGUUACCUUCUUAAGAGCAUCCAUCACCCCAACAUUGUGCAGUACUUGGGGACCUAUCGCGAUCCCGACACAAAUGCACCAGUUCUUCUCAUGGAGCUCAUGGACCAGAGUCUGACACACUUCCUGGAGUCAUCACCUGGAGACAUUCCCUACCACAUCCAAGUCAAUCUCUCUUAUGACAUAGCUCAAGCACUAGCCUUUCUUCACUCCAAUGGGAUCAUCCAUCGUGACCUCUCGAGCAACAAUGUCCUUAUUUUAGCAGGCAGUCGAGCCAAGAUAACAGAUUUUGGAAUGUCUAAAUUGAUUGACACCAACAUACGGAUGACAAAAUGUCCUGGUACACCAGCUUUUAUGCCUCCAGAAGCUUUAGAUGAACCACCAGCGUACACUGAAAAAAUAGACACCUUCUCUUUUGGUGUACUGGUCAUCCAAAUCUUAACUCAAAAGUACCCAAAUCCAACAAAUCGAUUCAAAGUAAUGCCAGAUCUUAUUAAUCCUAAUAACCCUUCUCUAAGUUUAAGAGCUCCUGUGGCCGAGGUGCAACGAAGAUGUGCACACAUCAACCUCAUUAACUCUACUCAACCACUCCUACCGAUAGCAUUAAAUUGUCUCGACAGUAAAGAAGCUGAUAGGCCAACAGCACGGAGGCUUUGCAUAGUGUUAGACUUGUUGAAAGACACACCAAUGCACCAGGAGAGUUGCCAACAACAUACAGAUCAAGUUAUUCGUGCAAAAGAUGAGAUAAUCCGGAUAAAUAAUGAGCAGAUCCGAAUUACACACGAGGACUUAGUCUCUAAGACUCGACAAUUGCUAGAGAAAGAAGAGAAAUUAAACAACCAGAGAUAUCAAUUGGAAGCAAAAGAAACUGAAAUUGGAAAAUUAACGCAUGAACUGCAAGACGCUACCAGAGAAAUCGAUGAUAGAACAAAACAAUUAAGAGAGACAAACAAACAACUACAAGAUACUGAACAAAUUAUCGCUCAACUUAAUAAGAUUGCUAGGAAAGACAUAGAAACAGAACAGAACAGUACUGAUUUUAAGCAACAAACUAAUCCUGCACAAAUUCUAGAAACUGAGCCCGAACUUCAGGAGAUUAAAGUAUCGAUUGAAGGUUCAACAAGAAUACCAUGUGCUACAAAGUUUGACCAGAUUGCUAUAGUAGACGACAAAGCAUAUUUAAAAGCUCCCGACAAUGUUAUAUUAGAAUACAGUACAACAAGUACGAAGUGGUCAAAAAUCAAGGGCCCACUCUCUGGUGGCUUCUCAAUAGUUAGUGUCGACAAUAUCCUAACAACGGUAGGAGGAAAUGGACUAUUUUCUUAUUCGAAUAAACUCUACUGUUACCAGAACGAAAAAUGGGUCGAAAAAUUUCCUACGAUGAAGAGUGAACGUCGCUUUCCAGCAGUAGUUUAUGCACAAAUAAAUCUAGUUGUAAUUGGAGGAAACAAUAGUAAUAAAACAAAGGCUAAUAACAUAGAUCAAUACGUAAGUCAAGGUGAAAUAGAAGUUCUAAACACUCAAACUUCACAAUGGUCUGUAGUGCAGCAAAUUCCUCGAAGAGAUCUAUACACGUUUACUUCAGCCACUGUACAUGACAAUCAUAUCUACGUACAAACAGUUGAGGAGUAUAUCUUUGAAGCAGACAUAACCAGCACUUUAGGACUGGUUCCAAAAUCAUGCAGAUCAAGUUUAUUUUCUUGCUCAAUAGCUAAUCUGAAAAAUCCAAGGUGGCAAAAAUGUUCUUCCAUACCACGAUUACAUACAUGCAUUACUUCGAUUAACGGACUCCUGUUGGCUAUCGGUGGCUACAAACAAAUCGUUUAUCCGAAUCAGUACCUUGUCUCAACAGACCCUGUAAGUAACGACAUUUUCGAGUACAAUCAAUUGAAAGACGAAUGGAAUAUUAUUGGACAGAUGUCAGUGCCAAGAUCAGGCUGUUCAGCUGCUGCUCUUACACAAAAUAAACUUAUGAUUGUAGGCCGAGCUCAUGUAAGCAGUUUUGAGACCAGAUCUACAGCAGACUUUGUAAGCAUUGAAGUAUAAGUAUUAGUGUGUAACCCUAGGCAAGCAUGAUGCACAAUUACUGUCAAUAGC